UGUUUGUCGAUUCGACGAUACAUGUGCAGGGGGCAUCUCAUGAUGCGUCGAAUGCUUCGGGUUAUGAUUUCGCGCAGGACAAAACCCGCUCUGCCUGAUUGGAAAGGUGGGAAGACUUUGAUCACGCGAAAAGCGUCUGUCGGGCGAUAGUAAAUCCCGAACGAAUCCUGACACAAAGGCAUCAAACAAUGGGGGGAGUUUUGUAAGUACCGAACAAGUGAAUUCUUGCAAAAGUAGAUAAAAGAGCGCCUCUCUCUCUCUCUUGCGGUUUGGAAAGUAUUGGUACAUUCCCUUCGGACACCUCUUCUCCGUUUUUCUUUCAUCACUCAAGAAUCAUAUCUCCCCAUUACAUUUCUUUUUACCAAUGUCGGUUUCCCCAAACGUCCUCAUCUCAGGCUUCGGCAUUGCAAGCAGCGUCUAUGCAUCCACCCUCUUACGCGCCUUUCCCACGGCCAAAAUCACAAUAAUCGAACGCGACCCUUGCAUGCGACUCACAGGAGCCAGUGUAGAUAUACGAUCCUCAGCCGUCGACAUAAUAAAAUGGAUGGGCUGUGAAGCAGAAAUAAGAAAAAAGACCACCAAAGAAGAAGGUGUAGAAUUCGUGGACCAUAGUGGGAAACCUUUUGCCACCAUCAGGAGUACUGGAAAUGAUCAGGUUCAGAGUAUUACUUCUGAAUAUGAGAUUUUCAGAGGGGAUCUAGUGAGGAUUUUUGCCAAGGAGUUGGAGGGUAAGGUUACGGUCAUCUUUGAUGAAAUGGUGGAGAGUUAUGAGCAGACGGAGGAUGCUGUAAACGUCACUUUUACACACAGCAAAGAGAAGAAAUCUUUCGACUUUCUGGUUGCUGCUGAUGGAUUGGGAUCGAGGAUUAGAGGCAUGAUGCUAGCCACAAAACCCUCUGCCCAAAUCCAUGAUGAAGGUGUCUACGCCAGUUUCUUCGUCAUCGAAGAGGACCUUCUCAGCGGCUCCAAACUGGCAAAAUGGUACAAUACCACCGGUGGACGAUCCAUCUUCCUACGACCAGAUCCAGAUCCCAGAGGCCGCACCCGUGGACAUUUCAUGAAUUCAAAAUGGACCUCCGACACCCAGGGCAGAGAGAAAAUCAACACGGCAUUGAAAACUGGAAAUGAAGCCUAUAUGCAAUUAGUAGAGCAAGAAUUUGGAGAUGCAGGAUGGCUAGCUCCCAAAGUGCUAGAGGCAAUGCGCUCCACCACGGAUUUCUACGCGAGCAAAUUCGCCAAGGUACGCUGUGACAAGCUACAAGAUGGCCGCAUUGUCCUCCUCGGCGACGCAGGAUACGCAUGUCCAGGCAUCGGCACAUCUCUAGCCAUCAUAGGAGCCCACACACUCGCCGGCUCUCUACUCCUCCACCCCCACGAUAUCCCCGCGGCAAAUAAAGCCUAUCAAGACUUGAUGCUGCCAUUUGUCAAGAAACAACAAGGAACCCCGGGUGGUGGGGAUUAUGCAAUGCAAAUGCUAAACCCGCAGAGUACAUGGGGAUUAUGGGUGAGGAAUACUUUGCUAUGGGCCAUUUGUGCUGCGAAGAUUCCUCAGAUGAUGAUUUAUUGUGCAAGUGUCUUUGGCUUCAAAGAGUCUAAAUUGCAAAUGCCCGAUUACCCAUGGCCUUUGAGCAAGGUCGAGAGUUGAGAAUUGAUCAGAUGGUUGCUUUUUGCCGUUGUGGGAAAAAGGAGUCUGGACAAACAAGUUAGAAGAUGACUUUCUUUGGUCGGGAAGAAAAAGUAUAUAUAGAAUGAGCUAUAGCCAUAAUUGCUACUUUUUGCCGGUCGAUUUAUGAAGGGAAG